AUGAGGGAAGUGAAAGAGGAGUGUCAAGCUGAAGUGGAUGAGAAACAUCAGAUUGUAAAAAUAAUCCAUAAUGUUUCACAGAAAGAAACUCUGAAGACAGAAGACAUAAAGUGUGAAAAUAGUUUCAGAGAAGAUGAAUGCCCUGCAGAUCACAAGAGGACUCACAGUGAAGAAAAACCUUACACAUGUCAACAGUGUGGAAAGAGUUUCAGAAGAAAAGAUCACCUUAAAGAACACAUGAGGGUUCACACUGGCGAGAAACCUUUCACAUGUCAACACUGUGGAAAGAGUUUCACCUUUAAAGCGAACCUUAUCCGGCACAUGAAAACUCAGAGUGAGGAAAAGCCACAUGCAUGCCAUCUCUGUGACAAGAAGUUCCCAGAUACAACUAAACUAAAGAUACACAUGAGGAUUCACACUGGAGAGAAACCUUACACUUGUCAUCUGUGUGGAAAGAGUUUCAGAAGAAAACCUAACCUUGAAGAACACAUGAAGAUUCACACUGGAGAGAAACCUUACACUUGUCAACAAUGUGGAAAGAGUUUGACAACUGCAGGUAACCUUAAGAUACACAUGAGGAUACACACUGGAAAGAAACCUUACACUUGUCAGCAAUGCGGAAAGAGUUUGACAACUGCAGGUAACCUUAAGUUACACAUGAGGAUUCACACUGGAGAGAAACCUUACACUUGUCAACAUUGUGGAAAGAGUUUCAGAGUUGAAGAUAGCCUUAAGAUACAUGCAAGAAUUCACACUGGAGAGAAACCGUUCACAUGCAAUGAGUGUGAAAAAUGUUUCAGAAGUAAGAAUUGCCUUACAGCACACAUGACAAUUCACAUGGAAGAGAAACCUCACACAUGUUUUCAGUGUGGAAGGUGUUUCAGUUUGGAGUUUCACCUUAAGAGACACAUGAUGAUUCACAGUGAAAAGAAACCUCACGCAUGUCUUCAGUGUGGAAAGAGUUUCAUAGAUAAACGUGGACUUGAGGCUCACAUGAGAAGUCACACUGGAGAGAAACCUUACAUUUGUCUUCAGUGUGAAAAGAGUUACACAAGUGAAGUUAAUCUUAAAACACACAUGACAAUUCACACUGGAGAGAAACCGUUCACAUGCCAUGAGUGUGAAAAAUGUUUCAGAAGUAGGAAUUGCCUUACAAAACACAUGACAAUUCACAAAGGAGUGAAACCAUAUGCGUGUUUUCAGUGUGGAAAGUGUUUCAGUAUGGAGUGUCGUCUUAAGAGACACAUGAUAACUCACAGCGAAAAGAAACCUCACGCAUGUCUUCAGUGUGGAAAGAGUUUCAGGACAAAACCAAACCUUAAAGCACAUUUGAGCACUCAUACUGAAGAGAAACUGUUCAAAUGCCAUGAGUGUAAAAAGAGUUUCAAAACAAAAGCUAACCUUAACAAACACAUGAGAAUCCACACUCAAUAGAAACCAUUCAUGUGUCAACAGUGUGGAAAUGGCAUGUUUUGUUUAUUUACGUUUUGUUUAAUUGUGUCAUUAAUGCAUUUUGCACAACAACUGCAUUAUCCUAUGCAAUUUAAAGUGCCCAUCUUAUGACUGCUUUUCCACAAGUUAUAUAGUUGUUUGAGUUCCAUAAAGCAUGUUUCAAAAGUUGUUUGCUCGAAAUAGCUUGUAGGAAAAGAUUGUUACCCAUCUCUAGUAGCCUCUGUUUCAGGGCAUUUCAGAUUGUGCCGUUUUGAGCUAGUCAUUACAUAUUUAUGAGCUGCUGCUCCUUUGAUCACGCCCCACUACUAACGUCAUGUGCCCGUGCGCGUGCUCAGUGGUAUCGUGAGCAGUACAGACCAUACUGUGUUAUUAUUUUAUAUAUUAUUAUUAUUAUUAUUAUUGGUUUAUGUUGCCAACAGACAAAUCAUACAGAAAAGUAUCACUAAUAAGUACACUACAGGAGAAGAAACUCAUGACACACAAUGAUUCCAGAGCAAAUUGUGAUGUUACGUUAGCAGUCACAACAAUAAACUCGUUUUCCCUGGACAAUGCUUACAUAUUCCCAUUAUAAAACAUUUUCAAACGCAUUAUUUUCGCAAAUUACAUAAAUUAAGACCCGACGGGGGAUGUAUACUGCUUGUGGACUGCGUGCUAAUUUCUAGAAGCUAGCGGGAGGUCCGGACCGUAAAGUUAUAAGAGGCUCGGGGGUUAGCCUCGUCAGAAAAGCCGGGGCGGUAAGGCCCGAUCUCGGUGUGUCAAACUCAUCAUGACACACAAAGAUUCCAGUGUAAAUUGUGAUGUAGCAGUCUGAACAAUUCACUCGUUUUCCCUGGACAAUACUAAAAUUUCCCGUUAUAAACAUUUUCAAGCGCAUUAUUUUCGCAAAUUACAGAAAUUAAGACCCGACGGGGGAUGUAUACUGCUUGUGGACCGGGUGCUAAUUGCUAGAAGCUAGCGGGAGGUCCGGACCGUGUAUAUAUCUAUGCGGACAGUAAAGUUAUUAGAGGCUCGCCUCGUCAGAAAAGCCGGGGCGUACGGUCUCGGUUAGUUUGGCAAAAAGCUUUUAACUAUAGCAUCAUAAAUGUAGUAUUUUGUGACAGAAGAUGACAUCAUGCAAAAUAUAACGUGACUUCUUACCUUUUGUGAUGAAACAACACGAUCGCGAAUCGAAUCCAGUCUGUUUCAGAUGUGUGAAUGAUCCAUGAAAGUCCAAUAAAAUACAUCCAAUUACCAUUUUCUUCCACAAAUGCUUAUAAUCCGUGAAAUAUAGAUACAUAGUCUGUUGUUUACAUCAGAUUUCGCAUGAAGGUCUUAUCGCCUACAAUCUGAGGACUGUUUGCGUCGUAACACACUGUAUAUAAGAUUACUCCGGGUUCCAAUAACCACGCGUUAAAACUUUGUUUUUAAAAGUAGGUGGGAGUAUAAUCCAUAAUAUCCAAAUAGCGCUGUUAUUUCCGUGAGAGAUGAUAACAGCACAGAGGGUCUCAUUCAAGUGACUGCUCUAUGCUCUCUAGCUACCUGGUGGGUGGAGACCUGCGAGUGGGGUGGUGGGCGGGAAAAUUCAAACUGAAUGUGACGAAACGGUUUGUUACGUCACAACGAAGCUGAGUUUUAACUGGCGCAAUCUGAGACUCAAGGCAGAGGACAUUCAGAAACCUGUAUCUCACUCAAAACAGCAUGGAUGGAUUUUUUUCCAAGUUUGUAUGCGUGUGGGAGCAUCAGAGACACAAAAUAACACCCCAAAACCCAGAAAAAGUGAGUUUUUCAUAAUACGGACACUUUAAAAUCCAUAAAGUAUAUAAACAACGAAAAUGACAUAAGCUAUCCACGUGAUUGAUUUUAAUGUUCAGUUUAGUUGCAAUAAUGCGUUCCUCUAAUAAUUGUAUCAAAUUUUACCUCAUAUGUGAGCAUGUGCGAUUCCGCGCCCCAUGAACUCUGGCGAAAUUUGGCAUUGUACCAAGAAGAUGAAUUUAGAAAUCUCUACUAAUAUAAUGUCGAGACGGUCACAUUUUAAACCAUACAUUUUCUACACAGAGGAGGUAAACUGCACGUUACCGUACUGGGGUUUGGAAAUGUUGUGAGCGUUUUUAAAUUCCUCAGAUAGCCAAAUGCAGCAGCAACAGCAAAGCUUGUGAGCGUGGUCAGAAUAAAGUAAUGUAACACGAUCAAAACACUAUCAAAUCUUGGUUGCAGCACAGAAUUAAUAAUAUUGUGCAUAUUAAACAGAUUAAAAGAAAGUAACAGAUUAAUGGACGCUAAUUUGAUUUUGAGGUUGCAUGAAAUAUCCAUUUGGCUCAAAACAGCCGAGCACGUGCCCCCUCAGUUUCAAUGGGCAUGACGACUCUGCACCCAGGUGUGCAGUUUUGUCUCACCCAGAAAGAGAUCCACCUGCUCUGCGACCAAGGAGGCAAGUGAACCUCCAACAUUACCUUGAAAACGACGAAAUCAGUGUACCUAAGCCUCAUCGACAGCAGCCGCAUUCACCUAGCUACCAUGAUGUACAAGAGAAUUACCCACCAAGUACUAUGGGUCAUUCCAGAUACACUUCACCACUCAGCCAAGCAUCAGAGUGCUCAGAAUGGAUGUUAAAGGACCAGUGAGACAGUACAUCUGAAAAACUGAGAGAGGAGAAUGCUGCAUUAAAACGACAAGUGCAACAGAUACCAGAGAUUACAGCCAUGUUAGAGGAGAUGAAGCGAUAGAAUGCAACCUUGCAACGACAAGCUAGCCAGCUCCCUGAAAUCUUUUCGGCAGUCCAGGAGAUGCGUCAAUAGCAUGUUGCACUAUUUCAAGAGAUGCAAAGCCUGAAAUCUGAACGGAGAACCCCUCCUGAAUCCGUCCUUUCACCGUAGCCAUUACCAAGCUCUCACAAUUUAGCAGCUCACAUUCAGACACCAGCGUUAAACCAUCCUAUACUCAAGGCUGCCUUCUGCUGCUAAAAGACAGCUGUGCCCAACUGGACCAGAAGAAAGCUCAGAGCUGACUGCACAUCUGCGCAAUUUGAAUAUUUCGUCCUCGUGACUUGAGAGACCUCCCUUUACAGCACAAUUUAGUGGCUCAGGACAGUUCAGGUAUCAAGACUCUCUUCCAUAUUCCCUGCCACCUCGGCUGUCUGAGUUCAUGGUCCCAUCACAGGAUCAGAGGAAAUCGGAACACACGAAACACAGUUCUGAGCAUCUUUCACCUUCAUCUACCCCUGAGAAAACCUACAGAGGUCCAACCCCUAGCAUUCCCUUUCUGAUGUCUCCUGACCCUAGGGUUUCAAAUUCUGACAGACCAUCUGAAACUGGAGGAUGCUCUUCUGGUGGCAGACUUGUAUAGCAAUUCGAAGUUUCCUUUCACAAAUACUAUGAGAGCUCUGAACAAAAUGUAUGUUCAACCUCACCAAUUAGCCCGGCAACGAAUCGCUGAGCUUAUGGAUGGACCUAACAUAUGGAGUGGAGAUGUCGGAAGCUUCAGGAUGUUUGGGCUGCAGGUGCGUUCGCUUGUCAGCAUGGUGCAGCAGCUGGGACACAAAGGUAGAAUAGAGCUGGAAUGUGGAUCACAUGUGUCUCGUCUACUAAGUAAACUGCCUCAUGACCUCAGGUCUAGUUUUAAGCGGUACAUCCAUCCUCUCCAAGUUACUUGUCGUUCAAAGCAGGAUUCUUCGGCACGCAUCAGAGAGGUGAAAAGAGAGCCUAAGCAGCCCCGUAGAUAAACUACUAUUCUCCUUGGGACUGAAAAGCAGUCGUCCCAUGUUACGUCCUCUGCUACGUUUAAACCAGCUUCAGUCAGCACAGAGAAUGUGAAAGCUUUUUGUCCAUACGGUGAGAACAACCAGCAUUAUUUGAAUAGCUGUGAUAAUUUCAAGCUUCCCAAAAAAGACAUGAAGAUUGACUGGAUAAAGACAAAGAACUGAUGCUGACGUUGUGGUUGUGGACAUCAAGCAGCUGACUGCACUCUGAAGACUUUUUGCUCAACAUGUAACAGGAAGCACCUGUUGGUUCUGCAUUAUGUAAAUGAGCAAGUCAAGCCACCUCAGCAGAGUACAGUUAAUUCUAGUGCAGUUUUGUAUGUUGACCGCCUAACAUCCAGCAGUAAAGUGCUGCUCAAAGUGAUCAAGGUUCUGAUCAGGAAUGGUAACACAACGAUAGAGGCUUAUGCGGUGUUGCACGAUGGGUCAGAGCGGACCAUCAUUCUACAUGAUGCAGUGGAGCAGUUGGGACUUGUAGCAGAGCCCGAAGACCUUGUGCUUCGCACAGUGAGACAAGAUACUCAGGUUAUUCACAGGGCGGCAGUGACCUUUACUGUGUCCCCAACUGUUAACCACAAUAAAGCCUACAAGAUCCGUUACGCCUUUAUAGUCAAAGUACUUGGCCUGGCAGAACAUACUCACCCAGUCAGUGUCCUACAAAGGAAGUUUAAGCAUCUUGCUGAGUUACCACUAGAACAGCUGGAUAAAGUACAUCCUGUGCUUCUCAUGGGCUCUGAUUGCCCCCACCUCAUUACAUCUAUACAACCAAUGAAACUGGGGCCUCCUGGUGGUCCGGCAGCAGUGAGAACACGUCUGGGAUGAACCCUGCAGGGUCCAACGCAAGAGUUAAGCAGUCACCUUUCCCCUGAACAAUGCUUCGUCACCUCAUUAAGACCCAUCAAUGAACUUUAUGCAAAUGUGGAGCGAUUGUGGCAAAUGGAUGUUCUACCCUACCAAAGUGAAAAGGUGAUAACCAGGUCACACUAAGACAAAGAGUCCAUUCAGCUUCUUCAAGAAAACACUGUGAGGGUGAAUAUUGAUGGUGUUCAGAGAUAUGCUACUCCUCUGCUUCGUGUCAAGAACAUGCCUAACCUUGCCACACCUGAGGGGAACCGAGAAACGGCUAGAAAGGGACCCUAAUCUGGCUACAGCAUACCAAGAGGAACUGAACAAGCUAGAGAAAGCUGGGUAUGUCGUCAAACUUAGUGAGGAGCAGGUGGACGGAACAAAAGAAGCUUGGUACAUCCCGCAUAACAUAGUGCAGCAUAAUGGGAAGUACAGGAUAGUCUUUAACUGUUCAUUUUCAUACCAAGGGCACAACCUGAAGCUCUUAUUACCUGGUCCAACACUUGGUGCGUCACUUCUAGCAGUCCUUCUGCAUUUCUGGGAACACUCUACUGCCAUUAGUAGUGACAUCCCUAGCAUGUUCCAUCAGGUACGCCUUUUGCCAAAGGACAAACAACUGCUGAGAUAUAUCUGGAGAGAUAUGCAAAAGGAAAGGAAACCUGAUGUCUAUGAAUGGCAAGUCCUGCCUUUCGGGAGUAGUCCGUGCUAUGCCUCGUUUGCUUUACAAAGGCAUGUUAUUUUUCAUUUUUUAUAUUCAGUCUCAGAACGGCAUCCUCUGGCUCAGUGAAGGUCAUCAAGAUUCACAGGAAUCAACUCUCGGGCUUCAUUGGACCUGCCAAUCAGAUACCCUUUCCUAUAAACAACUCAAACCUAACCGUCAAGUGCCCACAAUGUGAACCAUUUACAAGAUUCUUGCUCGGCAAUAUGACCCCCUUGGCUACAUUAUACCAUAUACCACUCGAGCGAAGGUGAUAGUGCAAAGGUUAUGGGACAAGAGGAGAGAUUGGGAUGAUCCACGACUACCAGAGGACUGGCUAAAUUCUUGGAAUCAUUUGAAGAGUGAAUUGGAAGACCUACAGCACAUCAAGUUGCCCCGAUGUUAUUGCAGUAAGAACUAGACUGCCCCACUAGUAUGAGACAGCUUCACAUUUUCUGUGAUGCCUCAGAGAAAGCCUAUGGCUCUGUGGCUUACUUUAGAACAGAUAACCCUCAAGGUAAAAGUAAAGGUGGCCUUUGUAACAGCCGAGUCUCGCAUUGCCCCCAAGAAACAACAGAGCAUUCCUCGUCUUGAACUGUUUGCAGCACUCACAGGAGCCCAGCUCGCUAAAGUCCUGAAAACCGAGCUCACGUUACCACUUCAUAGCGUUACUUUGUGGUAAGACUCCACUACAGGGCUGACAUGUCUUUUAUCAGAUUAUUGCCGCUUUAAGGUUUUUGUGGGGACCAGAGUGGCAGAGAUUCAUGAGUUAACUGAAUCUGAUACCUGGCAUUACAUUCAGUCGAGUGACAAUCCAGCAGAUGCCAUUAAAAGAGGAAAGUCUCUCUCUACCCUUUCAGACCCUUUGCCUCCUGCAGCUGUUUGCUUCUCGUGGUAAAGCAGUAAAGUUAUCAAUGUUUAUUUGUGUUUUUGUUCUUUGCUGAUCCAGGCCGUUUUUGCUGUUGAUUUUAUAAAAUAUGUCUUUCGUUUUGUGGCUCCUGUGCAGGUUGUCAAUUCAGCAGAAAAGUUUGCCAUUCUUGCUGUUUACAGACAGGAGGUGAGCGCACAUGAACGCGUUGAUGACGUAUGGUGUCUGCGUGGACUAGCUGCGCGGUGGGCAUUCAAAUUACGCUUGCGUAUGAGGGACUAAAAAGGCAACGUCCGUUCGGACCGAAAUCUAUGAUUGGUUGAACAUUUUUGGUCCUACGCCUUUCACAGAUGACAUAAAUUUCUACAAAUACAUUUAAACAACUGAACACAGUGAUUGCUAUCAGGAUGUGAGGAGACUUUUAACCAGCAUAACUAAAAAUGCUUCACAAUCUAAUGUGUUACCCUACCUUUAAUAACAGUUAAAUUAGUUAGAAAUGUCAUUAUUAACAGACUUUGUGGAUUGUAAGUAUUUUCUGGAUAUUAGUGAUUAAUAUAUUGUUAAGAGAUACAUAAGAGUGCUAUUGCGGCAUUACAUUCAAAUGCAUAAUAAUAAUUCAUUUAGCAUAUUACUGUAUGUUGUCACUUAAAUAUCUUGUUUAAAGGGAUAGUUCACUUUAAAGAGUAACUAAACCCUAAACCAACUUUUUUUUGGUUAAUGAUCUGUAAGAAUGAUGCUUUAUUAGUGCUGUUUAUUGAUUUUAGUAAGUUUUUUUGACAUUCGGAUAUAAAGCGUUUCAUUGCUACAAUAUAUGGCAGGGAUGGGCAACUGGCGGCCCGAGGGCCGCACACGGCCCGGGGUAAAUUUUAAUACGGCCCGCUGGACCAUAUUAUAAUUAAUCAAAUACUUUUAAAAUGAUGAUUUUCGUAUCCGGACGUAAAACCUCCCAACCAGGAGGGGGCGCUAGGUCCCGCCGAUUGUCACAGUAAGCAUAGUCCCGUGUUUGGGCUUAUGUGAAGAAGAUGUCUUCAAGUUCACGAGGUCCGAAAACCCAAGGUCCGACCCGAGCCCCGAUCAAGUUCGGAUCUAAAUGUUUCAUGCGUGCCUCGGACACAGGUCAGGUACAAUAAUCGGGUCUCGGGUUAUUUAAAAUGAAUGUGUUUUUCCCGAACGGACCCGAAAAGCCCUGAACUAUGUGUGUUAAUGUAUGUGUUAAUGUCGUUUUCAAACCUCUCCUCUGUUUGCCAAGAGUGCCUAAUUACGACAUUGUGUGGCUGGCGGUAGGUAAAUUUUUGUUGAGACAGACAUGUCAAAUCAUUUUAAAUGUAUAUUUUAGCGAUUACAUUGGUGUCAUCGUCAUAUAAACAAAUGAAGCAGCUCGCCAAAUUGGUUGCGAGCCCACCGGGGCUGCGACUGCACACACAUCAGUUUACAUUCGGGUCCAGUCGGGUUCAAAACAAUGCCACUGGUUUGGGUGACGGAUCGGACUCGAGACAGAAUUACUCUUAGAUUUGAAAGGUAAAAUACUUUGUUAUUAACAUUUUUAUAUAUUUUGUUUUGAAUGUAUUAUUUAUUAUUAUUAUUAUUAUUAUUAUUAUUAUUAUUAUUAUUAUUAUUAUGUAUAUUUAUUUUAAAUAAUUUUGUUCUCUGAUGGCAGGAUGAGAAACUCCUCUAUACUACUUUAAAACUGCCUUGUUUGUUACAGAUGUUAAAGCAAUGCAGUUAGUAAUUUUUAUCUAAAAAUGCUUUUUUCACUGAAAAUAUUUAGUUAUGAUUUAGAAUUAGCAUAAUUGCCAAGUUUAAUAGUUAAAAUCUUUAAAGAGCGGUUCAUUGUAUAUUGUGGUUCCUUAAUAAAGAAAAUUAAGAAUGAUGUAAAUUGUGCGUGUGGUUCUGGCCCCCUUGGUAUAAAGGAGAAAAAUGCUGGCCCCCGUCACUAUCAAAGUUGCCCAUCCCUGAUAUAUGGUGUAAAAACGUCUGAGUGCUGCCCUCUUCAGGUUGAACGGUAGCAACUGCAGUUGAAUUUUCCUAUUGGAUGUUGGGUCCAAAAAAUAACUUGUGACCUAAGCAGGUUCAAGCUCACCACGCCCUUGUUACGAUCUCACCACACACUUAGAGCUUAGUUCGUCCCCUCGAUCUCCGUUGGUAUCUGCCCACUUUUCUUGCAUUUUUCAAAUAUUGCCAGUGGGUGGAGUUAGGCUCUUACCAGGGGUUUAGUUACGUUUUAAAAUGAAAAUUCUGUCAUCAUUUACUCAUCCUCAUGUUGUUCUAAACCUGUAUGAAUUUCUUUUUUCUGAUGAACACAAAAGAAGAUAUUUUGAGAAAUGAUGGUAAACAAACCCGCAGUAAGUGACCAUUGACUUCCAUAGUAGGAAUAAAAAAAAAUUCAAUUUUAAUGGAUAUCGUCAACUGUGUGCUUACCAUCAUUUAUCAAAAUAUUUUCUUCAUCAAUUAUCACAAUACUUCCGAAAUAUUUUUUCCUACUAUGGAAGUCUAUGGUCACUUACUGCUGUUUGUUUACCAUCAUUUCUCAAAAGUACUUAUAUGCUUAUUUAUAUUUGUAUCUUGUUUAUGUUUACAGAACCACAUACAUAUGCCAUUAAGAAUAAAUAAUCAAUAAGUACAGACUGGUGUGAGAUCUAAUGUUCUAACCGGACAUCCUGCAGCUGUUCAAUAAAUCCGAACCAGAAAAGAAAUGGUGAAUAGCAAUUUUACACACAGAGUCUCAACGAUACCUCAGAAGACAGGAUUUCUUAAUACGCUAACCGUUAGCAAUGAGAUGAAGUUGAAA